CCAACUCGACGUUUGAAAAUAACGUCAGUUGGCCAACGGCAGCCGAGGGUUCUCUCAGGAGAGAAAUCGGAGUGGUUGUGACUUGUGACUUAUUAACCGGCCCUCGCCGGCGGCUAUCAAUCGAAUUUAUCAUUUUCCAAGGGCGAUUUAUCGUUUUCAAUCACUUCCAGACAAUUCAUGAUAUCGGGAAUCAACGGAGACUCUAUGGAGCCCACCAUGGACUCGGCUAUCAUGAAUUUGGAGCAGAGUGUUCACAGGGCUAAUGGGAAAUUAGCGUCGAUCACAUGGAAAAUUGAGACAUUUGAAAAGGAAUUUCCCGAUCCGGAAAAUGAGCUGUCAGUGCUCACACUAAUUCGUUCAGUAGCACAAGUAAAAGACGAGUAUCAGAGUCUCCGUCAGGAAAUCCUAGAGGUCCAGCAGCUCCAGAAGCAACUGACCGACUCUCUAAAAGCCCAGGUAUCCCAGGUACAGGGACACUUCAAUAUCCUUCGAGACAGAAUUGUGGGUGAUAAGAAAAUACGCCAAUUAAAAUGAACAGUCUUAGAGAGUAACCUUUGAGACUUGACCCCCCCCCCCUGUAUUAAUUUCCCCCUUUCACUCCAUAAAUAUUAAUAUUUUUUAGAUCCACUUUUGGUUAAUCAUUGUGACGAUUACCAUUAAGUCUUUUUUUUAGAAUUACAAUGUGUUCAUAUAAAGUGCAUGCUCGAAUUCUAAAUGCAUGAUCGAAUCUAUAACGACAUUAGACAUUGUCAAAAGCUACCCAAUAAUUCAUUAUAAAUCAAUUGAAGGUGAUACAAAUGAGCCGACGAUAUAGAAACUACGAUAAUCAAAUACUUCAACAACUUCCUAAUAGAAUCAAAAUUAAUGUAACAAUCCUAGACUUAAGAGAGAGUGUUAACGCCAGAGGCCGUAGGAAAGAGGGUAAAGUAGCGAGUACUUGAUUUAUCUUUUAAAAAACGAAAGUCCCUGGACUAAUUGGAGAGUGCGACCGGGUCAGGUAAAUUGGAACAGAGGAAACUGAUAAUUGCCUUAAGAAUCAGUACGAGAUUUUAAUCUCCAAUUGUGUCAAGGGAACUGGGAUAUAUUCUUCCGAGCACAUAUGCACAUUAACAAACGAAAUCUUCCUCUGAUGUACUGAUACGACUAGUGAUAAGAGACUAAUGACCAAAUAUACGUGAUCCAAAUACUAUCUAUUCAUCAAAGAUUUGUGCACAAUUGGCAUUUGUCUGCUGGACUCUAUACUACAAUGAGAGAAGAUGAACAUGAGCUUGAGAGGAAAAAAUUCUAAAAUAAUAAAUGAGCAGUAACAAAAGACAUCUUGCUUAGGGAGCAUGUUUUAUUCUCUCUCAGUGUGAUCUAUCACUCUAAAUUAGCAUUUAAUCGUCAAGGAAAUGAGAAGAAUGGUCUGAAACGCAUUCUCAUCGCUCUGAAUUUAUUAAUUGCCUCCAAUUGCCAUUUUUAUUAAUUCGCCAACGUCUGUGAUUUAAUUACUGAUUAGCAAUGUUGAUCAGAAUUUUUUUUUAACCUUAUAUUUUAUUCACCCCUUUAUGCAAAAAUUAUAAAAUUUUUGUUUGAAAAGAU